CCCUACGGACGCAUGCUUGGAAGACAUGCGCUUUGCGGCAAAGUCCUCCUUUUCUCCACACACGCUUCUAAGCCUCGGCACAUCUCCUCACAUCGCUACUAACUACACUUUAUUCAUCUUCCGUGUCAGGAUAAAUUCCACUCGUCUCAGCCAAAUUUGGAGAUUAUUAGGCCCGUUUAGCUUGAUAGUUGUUUGAGCGCGCCAAUUAGCUUAGCAUGCUAGUUAGCUUAGCUUGUUAGCCGCUAACAAAGAGACGCGGAUUUGAUCAACACAUCGCUUAGUUAAGCUCAAGUGUGAGUGUAAAGUGUUGUGAUUGUGUGAAAAUGUGCGAAAGAACGAUAGCAAAGUAUGAGGAAGAACUUUGUUGUGUGAAAAUGUGUGAAAGAACGAUAGCAGAGUACAAAGAGGAACUUUCUCGGACAAAAGAAGAGAACGAGAGACUACGUCAACUAUUGGAAGCUGUUUUCAAGAAACCUCAAGUUGUGUUACACAGAACAGACCUCAAUAAAGAACAUCUUCCUCAUGAGCAGGAAGAAGAGCCACAGCCCCACCACAUUAAAGAGGAAAAAGAGGUACCACAUUCCCAACACAUUAAAGACGGAGGAGAGGACCCACAGCCCCCCCACAAUAAAGCGAAACAUGAGACGCCACAGACCCAUAAUGUUAAACUGACCCUUCACAAUAAAAGGCAAGCGGAGGACCCACUGAUCUUACACAUCAAAAAGGAAGAGGAGGAUCCACUGACCCCUCACUUUAAGGAGCAAGAGAACCGACUGACCCCUCACAUUAAAAAGGAUGAGGAGGACCCACUGACCCCCUGCUUUAAAGAGGAAGAAGAGGACCAAGAGCCGCCGCACAUUAAAGAGGAAGAGGAGGAAGAGGGCAUCAGUCAGCCUAAAUGGUUGGAGGAGUUCCCAGUGACUGGUGUCCCUGUGAAGAGUGAAGAUGAUGAGGUGAAAGGUGAAAGUGAGGAGAGGGGAGGGGGGGAGCCUCCAAGCAGCAGCUCAACACAACACAUGACAACAGAAGCUGAUGGAGACCACUGUGGAGGAUCACAAGCAGACAAGCUCUUAGCUCCACUAUCAGAUAGUGAGGACACAACGUCACACUCUCCUGACACUGAUGAUGAAGACUCUAAAGAUGAUAAGACAUGUCACACUGACAACACUCACUUCGCAUCUUCUCUCUGUCACAAAACCCUUAAAUACCGUAGUAGUCUGAAAACACACAUGAGAACACACACUGGAGAAAAACCUUUUUCAUGUUCAAUCUGCGGUAAAGAUUUUACUCAGAGGCCAGAUUUUAAAGUACACAUGAGAACACACACUGGUGAAAAACAUUUUUCCUGUUCAACCUGUGGUAAAGGUUUUACACACAGUAGCAAAUUGAAAAGACACAUGAGAAUACACACUGGUGAAAAACCUUUUUCCUGUUCAAUCUGUAGUAAAGGUUUUACACGAAGUCAGAGUUUGAAAGAACACAUGAGAACACACACUGGUGAAAAACCUUUUUCCUGUUCAAUCUGUGGUAAAGGUUUUACACAUACUAACAAAUGGAAAAGACACAUGAGAAUACACACUGGGGAAAAACCUUUUUCCUGUUCAACCUGUGGUAAAGGUUUUACACGAAGUCAGGGUUUGAAAGAACACAUGAGAAUACACACUGGUGAAAAACCUUUUUCCUGUUCAACCUGUGGUAAAGGUUUUACAGAAAGUCAGAGUUUGAAAGUACACAUGAGAACACACACUGGUGAAAAAUCACAUUCCUGUUCAAUCUGCAACAGAAGCUUUAGUGAGCGAUCAACCCUUGUAGCACACAUGAGAAGACACCCAGGAGAGAAAGUGUUGAGUUGCAGUGUGUGUGGUGAAAGAUUGUCUUCUAAGUACCAGUGUAAGAAACACAAGUGUGCUGGUGAGAACAGCAGCAGCAAAUGAAACUGCAGGAUUUGAAAUAAACUGUCCAGACUUUCAUUUUGACUUUCUAACAACAUCAGCACAUAUAACAUGUGUGACAUUGUUGUUUGUCUAACAAUCUGGUUAAUAUGAUCUUUACAUUUAUAGAUUACAUAGUUUGAAAUAUAAAAGUAUUACAUAUUUGUACUUGUAAUUGUUGAUAACCCCAUAGAUUAUCACCUUUAUAUGAUAUACAUAUGUACUGGUUCACAUCUGAAACAUAUUCUGGACCACUUCAGGAAGCAUAUUAUUAUUUACUUUAUACAUCAUUUAAACAGUUGUCUUUUAUACAAUUUUAAAAUGUGUGACUUUAUGAAUCAUUUGUUGGGUCUCUGUAAUCCAUGUUAUUAAUAAUCUUCAUUACUCUCUUUUGUAAUAAGAUGAUUGUGUUGUGAUUAUUUUAUAUGUAUGUCCCCAGACCUUUAUGCAAUAUAAAAGUGAGAGAAAAUGGCUGAAUUGUUUGAGGAAGGAUUUAUUUUGUUUUUGUUUUUUUUACAAACUGACAUUUGUGGAUAAAACAAAAAUUCCCAUUAAUGGGUUUCAAUUUUUUUUUAAUGUAUGUAUUCUUUUUAAACAUCCACAAAACUAUAUCGACAUGAAUCAAAGUUCAGAGUGUCAGUAAAAAGCUAAUAUUGUACAUCAUCCCACAGAUAUUUACUUUGCAUUCUGUUGGAGCCAAAUUUCUUUAUUUGUUUAUUUAGUUUUUAUUUAGUUUUCUGUAAUUGAUUGCUGGCCUCAGGUCAUGCUGAAUUUCCUUUUCGGCAGAUUGCUCCGCCCACUUCCUCUUGAGAACCAGGAGAUGUUGACAGGGAUGGGACCGUUGCUAUGGUGCGGUUGCUAUGGUAACGUCAUUUAAUUGGGUUCAGGUGGGAACACUGGAGGGGCGACUGCAUGGAGGACACAAACUGUUUACAAGCUUGCUGUGUGUGGUCAGGUCUCACUGCUGUGACAAUGUUGCAUCCAAGUCAAGGUCAGCAUACUUUAUGUUCUACAGCCUACAUGUCAUUUCAGUUUGAUAGCCAAAAAUAAACUGAUUGUCAUAUCCAAACAUA